AAACCACGAGUGCGUACUUUCAACGCGACUCGGGCGGGCAAUUUGAGCGGACUGCAGUUGUUUGUGACGAUACAACUUUACAGUGUAAAACUCAUCUCGACAUACGCGGUUAUAUCACCAGGAGACGGUCAGUAUGAACGAAGGGACGCCAAAAAGCAUUAUGGUGGAGUUAAAACCCAUUAACGACUCGCAGAGAAGACGAUCACCGCGGUUGAGUUCUCCUCCGGCUAAUAUUCAGGUUAAACCUGACAACAAAAUCUCGAUUUCUCUUAAACGCCGUAUUACUGUGAGGAAAAUAGCUCCUAGAAAAACAGUCGCACCGUCGGAGCAAAACAAGGAGAAUACGCCAGGCCAGCAGAAGAAGCCGAAGGUCUCCACUCCGGAUCCUGUCCCGAGCCGUGGGGGCUCCUCUUCUGCAAAGAAGCAGAAGGCCGUUAUCCUCUCCCCGAUACUCCCCCCAUCACCGCCAGGCCCUUCUCAACCCCAGUCCCCCUCAGUGGAUCCAGGGGACGCGGUGUGGUCGCAGAAGGUGCGGCGCUCCUACAGCAGGCUCAGCGACAAGUCCUUCAACAGCCCCGACUCAAAGGAGAACAUGUUCGGCUUUCAGAAGAUGAACACCCCAGAAGUGAUCCGGAGAGUCGAAAAGCCAAAGGCAGGUCUCGAACUUUCUGGAUCCUUGUCUGGUCUAAACUUAUUCACGUCUCUGCUUGAGGCGGAGGACUGUGGAUCAGCCAUACCUGAGAUGGACCUAAACAUCCCCGGAAUAGUUAUGAUCAAGGAGAAGAAAAGGAGGAAGAAGGUCAAGCAGAUAAGCACCACAGAGAUGGAGGCACUGGAGGCCCAGAUGAACGAAGAGUUUGAAAAGGCAGAGAAUUUUGAGUUGCUUGUGGAGUAGUUAAUGUGACUGAAAGACUGAAGGAUUUUGUUAUUAUAUGCUACAUUGUAGCAGACAUGACAAAACAUGAUUCUGAUAUUCACACUUGCAUCUUUUUUUGGAUAUUUCUAGCUUUAUAUCAUGUACAUUCUUUUACGGUUUGUGUUGUUUGGUUUCUAAGUUCUCCGCUCUUAUUGUGUUUUGGGGGGAGAUUAGUAAAAAUAUGUAUUUUG